AUGAAGUUCCUCGGUCUCGCAAUUGCCUUUCUCCCCCUCCUGGCCGCCGCUGCCCCUGUCGCGGACCCCGAAGCGGAUGGAGAGCUUGACCUUGAGAAGCGCGCAUCAGCGCAGACCUGCGAGAUCAUCAAUGUCGAUCACUAUGUAAACUGCCGGUACGGCGCGAGCUUAGACGCGGGCGCGAUCUUUGGGUUUCCCAGGGGAGAGAAAUUCACCUUUGCGUGCUACAAGCACGGCGAUUGCUUCAACGGUGUUUGCUCCUGGGACCAAAUAACUUAUCUGGGGACGACGUGCUACGUCAAUGGGUACUUUACAGAUGAUAAUUGCUCGAGCAGAAAACUUCCCAAAUGCUAG